CGGUGGGUGCCAGCUUUCUUCCGUUGUGCGCUGCUGGGUGGUCCUCGGUCAUCGCGGGAUGUCGGUUGGAUCGGCAGCAGCCCGUUUAGUUCGCAGCCAGAUCAAUCCGGACGUGGACGCGUACAGUGAGGGACGCUUUACGGAAGCUGUGUAGUCGAUUCGUUUUCUUUGGGGAAGAAAAGGACAUUCGUUGAUGUGUGCUUCAGUUCAGAGAGGUGAUGGCUUGGGGCUGUUUUAGGAUGAACUAUGAGAAGUUAUGCGGGUUUUGAUUGUUGAAUAGCGUGGUGAAACAUCCAGGUCAACGUAGCUGGAAGAUAAGUGGCGUUGGGUGGACGUCUGAGGGUUAACGUCCCUGGAGUAAAUCUGGUGCAAUUGUGAAUAAUUUAAUAGACGCGAAAGUGCUGUGUCGGGAGGAAGGGAUUAUAGCGGGUCUGCGAGAAGGAAGAGAUGAACAGUGUGUGAAGUUGCUGAACAAGGAAGUGAACGUGACGUUCGGUUGGUGCGCGUCUGCUGCUGAUACUGUUCCGUAGCUCGCUGCCGCUGAUGGUGAGAAAAUUUAUGGGAAAAGCGUGCCACGAGUCUCGUUCGAUGGAUUAGAGUAAGCUCGCAUGUUCCCUUAGAUCGGUGCUCCGUUAUAUCGUGUCUGACGCUCUCGUAUCCACCGCGCCGUGUGCUGUGCAUGAUUAAUGGUGGUGCAAAUUUGCUCUAAUUACUAAUAAUCGCUCUGAGGUCAGUGCUGCGUUCAACCAAUCGCCGCAUUCGCGGUUCCCUGAAGGACCAUAAAUCACUAGCAAAAACCUAUUAAUCAAAAACGUCCCAAAAGCCUGGAACCAAUCGAACAAAAAAUAUAAAUCCAUGAGAAUUCCAUAAAACAGCGAAUUCCCAGCGAAAAAAACACAUAAACCAAAGUGCAGUAACUCCAUCGAACAAAAAAGUAAAACAAUACGGAAAGCAAAAACAUAACACAUUGUUUGCUCGCAUUUCCCCAAUGUCUAAAAGUGUUCAACAAAAGCACCAAGCUUCGACAAAAAACAAUUCACGGAAAAACAGUCACAUAUAAAUUCGCAAAUAUUCUCCGACGGCUGCCUGCCCUGCCAGCCACCCACCACCCAAAGAGGAUUAUUGGAUCCAUCGCGCGUCGCUGUUGUCUGGUUGCCUGCCUCUAGCGCAUUUUCUCUUGGGAGGGAGUGGUGCACUCACUCGAUCCGAGGCUCUAAGAGGGGCAAAACCCAACGGACUCGUCCCGUACGCUCGGUCCCGUUCGAAGUGGAUUAAAUCCUUUACACAAAAUUAUAGCCCAAAAACCCGGGUGCAACCGGGUUCGCCGGUCGCCAUCGGCACCGCCACCGCCGUCAGUUUCAGUUAGGGGCCCAUUUGGUGUGUGCAGGUGUCACGUCAUCCAUCAAAUCACGAAAAGUGGACCAUCAAUUCGGGGCUUUUGGGCAAACAUUGAAAGCGUGGGUGUUAUCCUGCAUUUCGGAUCGAACUCAUGUCAGGACUAGGAGGAUUCAUAUCAUCCGAGUGUUGGGGCGUGCGUCAAAAAGGGGAUUAAACUUUUUAGUGCGCUGUGAGAAGGGAUCGAAAACGGUUUUCACCUACCAAACACCGAUAGCAGCAGUAGCAGAGUGGGAGCAGAAGCAGAGAUUGGAUUCGCUUAUCUGGGUGUAAUCGCACAGCCGAAGGAUUGAACUAUAUUUGAACAAGAACUAUCAACAAAAUGCUUCCGUCAGCAAUGGCUUCGACGUGCUAUCGUCACGUAACACUGGUGCUACUAUUGCUCUGUGUCGUCACGUGUCCCACAGAAAGUCGGAAUCGAGAAAAAGAUCUUAAGAAAUCUAAAACCACACAGCUGAGUCAGGUACCUUACAGUGAAACCGUGUCUUCCCUGUUGAACCUGUGUUCAGGGGAUCGUGAAAUGAAGCUGGUGUGUCACUGUAGUCCAGACGAUCCACACGUAAAAGCGCAGAAAGCUAACUGUUGGAUAUUCAGCAAAGAUCUCCCACGGAAGGACCCCAACUGGUUGGCCUUCCAGACGCAAACUACGGUAGAACAGUUGAAGAUAACUGUUCAAAAGAUUGGUAACCUCACCUACAUACCGUCGGAUGUUCUGGUUACGUUGAAGUAUCUCAAACAACUUACGAUAGAGUACGGAAUGAUCACGAACUUGUCCGAGUUCGCGUUCGGCAAUCUAACAGAACUGCGAAACCUAACGCUACACAAGAAUCAGAUCCGACUCAUACAUCCAUUCGCCUUUGCCAACCAUCCUUUCCUGGAGGAGAUCAACCUGGAGCGUAACGAGAUCGUCGACCUGGACAAAACAGCACUAGUGAACCUACCCCAGUUGAAGAAACUGAACUUGGACUUCAACAAUUUGACGAUCCUGCACGCCGAUGCGUUCGUAUACCUUACGAGCCUGGAAGAACUACACGUGGAAUCAAACCAGGUGUCGCUACUAUCCCGGGAAAGCUUCAAGGGACUUGGUAAUCUGAGGAACCUGAAACUGUCGGCGAACAACAUCGGUUACAUUGGCGAUACGGUGUUCGCAGAACUGUGGAGUCUGCAGGAGCUGCACCUGGACAGUAAUCACAUUGAGAAAGUCUCGGCCCGUGCAUUUGACGGGUUGAACAACUUGCGGAAGCUGAACUUGGAGCACAACCGCCUGACGCGACUGGAAAGGGGAAUCUUCACCGGAGUGCCAGCGGUUCUAACGUUGAACCUCAAUUCGAAUAUGCUGGAAACGAUCACCUACAACAACUUCCUGCCUCUGAUGGAUAACUUCGUGAACAGCUCGGCGGUGCUGUACGUGAGAGGUGAGUGGAUGAUUUAGCUAGAAGAUGAUUUGUUAUUUGGCAGUGGAAUAAAUCACUUUGUCGUGGUAUUUUAUGACAAUCUGUAGUAUUUCAGGAUGAUCCAUGAUACUUCAAAAUUCAUGGCAUAUUUCGCGAUAAUACAUUGUAUCCUUGCUAGUCUAUCUUCUUUCAUAACCCCACAAUUCCUCUACGGGCUCUUUAAAUAAUCUAUGAAGGAUUUGUUUAAAAAUUUUCUCUAGGUAUUUCUUUCAUUUCCCAUAAAUAUCUUCAGAAAUUCGUCAAUUUCUAUUCACCUGAAUCAUCUUCUUCUUCUUUAUGGCUCGACGUUCGCAUUGGAAUUUGGCCUGCCUCUCCUCAACUUAGUGUUCUAAGAGCACUUCCACAGUUAUUAAUUGAAGGGCUUUCUUUG